AUGGGACCAGCUGUAUACUCAGCUGAUGAGACUGAAAAAUAUCGACCCGACGCCCUGACUGCUUCUGAUCCGGUCCUGUAUCUCCAUCGCAACACGUAUCCUGGGUGCCGGCUUCCACACGCCUGGCUCAACACAGCGGCACCCUCCGCUCCCAUCUCGACGAUCGACCUUGCAGGCCAUGGCGGCUUCACCCUCCUUACCGGAAUUGGAGGCGAUGCCUGGAAACCUGCCGUAGGCGAGGUGAGCCGGACGCUAAGGGUCCCAAUUGUCGCCUACUCGAUCGGUUUCCGACAGGAAUGGGAAGACGUCUAUUUCGAAUGGGAGAAGGUCCGAGGCGUUGAAGAGAGCGGCGCCAUCUUGAUAAGACCGGACAGAUUUGUGGCAUGGCGAAGCCAGAAGGCCUACGGCGACGUGGAUGAGUGCGCCGGCCACCUCACUAAAGUCAUGAGAAGCUUGCUAGGGUUGACAAAGGGAGACAUAGCAAAGACUGUGUCGACAUGA